AUUAGCAGUGUAACGAACCAGAACGAGAAAUUAUUCCGCUAUAAUGAAUACUCCCCGAGGAUUUGAUCUCGAUGAUUUCGAACCACGAGACUAUCAACGGGAAAUGAAAAAAAUCUGCCUGCAGAAAAAUACCUUAAUAUAUCUGCCACCCGGAGCCGGCAAAACACACAUCGCAUUAAUGGUCAUCAAGGCGAUGGCCGGUGAGCUGACCAAGCCUCUGUCACAAGGCGGAAAGCGAACCUUCUUCGUUGUUAAUACGGUGGCAUUGGCAAAGCAACAGGCGGAGUUUCUAUCGCGAAACCUACCGUAUGAGAUGACAGUUUAUACAAACGGUCGAAACGUUGACACGUGGAAGCAGGACAGGUGGUUGGAAGAAUUUGCAAAAUAUCAGGUGGUAGUUUGCACAUACCAAAUUUUGCUAUAUGUAUUAAAACAUGGCUAUCUGUCGAUCAGACACAUCAAUUUGCUUAUUUUCGACGAAUGCCAGCAUGGGGUUGGAGAUCAUCCAAUGCAGGGCAUCAUGAAGCAAUUUUUGAAAACGCCCAAAGUUGAUCAGCCUCGCGUUAUCGGUCUUUCUGGAAUGCUGUUGUAUAGGCCACUGAAAUCGAAGGACCAAAUAGCGUCAGUAUUGGAGAAGCUAGAAACUACGUUUUUAUCCACCAUUGCCACUGUGGGCAGUUAUGAUGCGUAUACUGAAGUAUGCAAAUUUUCCACUAAUCCGGUGGAACACCUGAUCCAUUAUUCCGAUCCCGUUCCAACGCCUAUCACAGAAAUGAUAAUCAAGGGGAUCAGCGAAUUUGUAGCUGCAGUGGAAAACUCCCAUUGGCCCAAAGCUUUGAGUCCAAAUAAAUCACUUGCGUCACGACGUGACAUGCCCGAGCCGAAAAAGCGAAUUGUACAGCAUUUCAAGGCAGUAAUCUAUCAGUUUCAGGAUCUAGGACUUUUUGGGGGUUCUAUCGCCUUACUAGGGAUAAAAGUGCAAUUUGAGUUAGAUAAACGCCAAUCCGACAAUUGCGAUCUAAGAUUGGUGUACCAAACUUGCAUAACUUACUGCGAGGAGCUGCGCCACGAAAUAGAAAGAUCAAUGGAAGGGCUGUCCAUUCAAGAAAAAGUCAGAAAAUUUUUGUCCAAUAAAGGUUGGCAGCUUAUCAACUAUUUGGAGGAAAACUAUCGUUCAAUUCACGAUAGAACAGCAAAGGUUUUAAUUUUUGUGGAGCGCCGUUUAUCCGCUAAGGUGCUAUACCAUUUACUUAAAAUAUACUUUUCUCAAACGGAGAAAAUCGUGCCGGAUUUUAUGGUCGGCAACAAUGGUUUUAUGCCAGAAUCCAUUGAACAAAUUUUGCGGGCCAGAAAGAACAGCAAGGUGCUGGAUCGAUUCAAAAAGAAUCAAAUAAACGUUAUAGUUGCCACUAGCGUGCUGCACCAAGGAAUAGAUUUACAGGUGUGCAAUACGGUUGUGAAGUAUGAUCGUCCACAUACGUUCGCAUCUUACGAGCAAUCCAAAGGGCGAGCAAGGAUGAAGGACAGCCAGUACGUUAUCUUCGUGAAUGAUGCAGAAAAAGAUAAACUCUGUAAACAAAUUGCAUUAUAUAGAAGCUUCGAAGACGAAUUGCAAAGGUGUCUAAUUGGAAAAACAAUCAAUCGUCCGGAAAUGGUGCCUGAAAGUCGUUGUGAUAAAACGAAUGAUGAAAUAAUACGUCAAUCAGAAAGUAAUAAGUAUUUUAAACACUGGAAUGAUUUUGCGGAUGAUUGCCCCGAACUGACUGGAACGCAAAAACGGGUACGCAGUCACACCGUCAAAAAUCCCUCCCAGACAACCAAUUGUUUCCCACAACCAGGCAAGCCUUGUUACGUAUACAUUAUUCGCAUAAAGGCUAGAUUUGAGCAAGAUCCAACCAACAAGAACAUACAGAUUUUCCAUCAGUUAUAUAGCACCGAGAACAAUUUUGGCAUCAUGACUACCAAAGCUUUACCGAUGUUGGCAGGAAUAAAACUAUUCGUCACCCUUGGUUUGAUAGACGUUCAGCUAAUGCUUCAACCGAUCAUACUCUCGAACGCUGGUAAUAGGUCGGAAUUAGAAGAGCUGAAAAACUUCCACGUUAUGAUUUUCCGUGAUAUGCUUAAGUUGUGGAAGCAGUUUUUGGUUGAAGACCAUUCGAACGAUGCCAACAGUUUUCUUAUCGUACCGUUGAAACGCUCACAGGAGAUCGAUUGGUCCAUCGUGAGGAAGUUUCCUUGCCUUAAAAAACCCACUGAUCUUACACCGAAAGCACGCGAGAAAAUGACUUUUAAACAAGACCGGUAUCAUCAUAGUGUGAUUCUCCCGUGGUAUAAAAAUAACGUGGAACAAUUUUACGUGGUAACGAUGGUACAUGCGCAUCUGACUCCGGAGAGUCCUUUCCCCAUUCCGCAGUACAGGUCGUACGAGCACUACUUCUGUAACCAAUAUCAGCAGCACGUUGUGAACAAACAACAGUUCCUAAUUGAAGUUAAAGCCGUUACCACAUCGUUUAAUCUGCUCUGUCCGGGUUCCGAGGAAGCAGGCAGAUCCGCGCGUUCGAAACAUUCCAAGUUCAAUGAAAUACUAAUACCAGAAUUGUGCUACAACUUUGAAUUUCCGGCUGACUAUUGGCUUAAAGCCACAAUGCUGCCGAGCGUUUUGCAUCGUAUUCAGUAUUUGCUACAUGCCGAAAAUUUGCGCGUAAAACUGGCGACGGUUGCCGGUGUCGGGUGUCUGGAGAAUCGUAGCAUUGAUGGUUUAGAUAUUGUUUACAAGGAACGAUUGGAAAGCAAUAAUGACGAGGACGACAAAAACGUACUGACCAAACCGCAGGCUGUAUCGCAGCUGAGGUGUGAGCAACUGAAUAAUUUUUCCGGCGGUUGGAAUCUGCCCUGGGCAGAAAAAGAGGAACCAGAAGACAUCGACAGCAAAUGGGACGAGAUAACGCAAAUGGAUAUUGAUUACCACGACGCAUUCGUUAGAAAAUACUCCAAUUUUAGAUUGAAUAGUAGCUAUAUGACCUAUGGUAAUCCAAGACGCGUCGCAGCAAUCGGUGCUGUUCCGCUGGAUGUAAAAUUUGCGAUCAAGCUACUAACCUUAACGCCUCAAAGCACCGCCCGAGUAAGCAUUCAACAGAAAGAUAUUAUCAAAGCCAUAACCACCAAGUCGGCGGGUGACGUAUACGACCUGGAGAGGAACGAAUUGCUAGGCGAUGCCUUUUUAAAAUUCGCGACGUCGGUAUAUCUGUUCAAAAAUCAUAAAGAUUGGAAUGAAGGUUAUCUGACCGCAGUGAAAGCAAAACUUAUUAGCAACCGAAAUUUGGUCUAUUGUGCUUUGCGAAUUGGGACGCCUGGGAUGAUGAAAAUUCAUAUUUUCGAUCCGAAGAACGACUGGCAGCCUCCUCUGGCGACUGUACCGCAGAAAAUUAAGCUAGCAAUGGCUAGCAAAGGCAACCAAUCGGCAAAAAUUUUGUGUAAAUUACAACUUUCCGAAGCGGAAGUGAAAUCAGGUACAGUAAAUUCGGAGAAGUUGAGGGCUUUCAUGACUUUGCUGAAUGCGGACAAUACAAACGUAGAACCGUCACCAAUGCAAAAUUAUUUGUCCCAGCAGAUGAUGAAUGAUAAGGUUGCGGCCGAUGCAAUGGAAGCGCUUCUCGGUGUUUGCGUGAGUUCGGUUGGCGUUAAAAGAUCAUUCAAAAUGUUGUCGUAUUUGGGUAUUCUUCCGAAAACGCAAGAUUUGAUGACAAUGUUGGAUGGUAAAAUUCAAAAUCAGCGAUUGAAAACCGACAUUUCGCCGAGCGAAGUAGAUGCUUUCCUAGUAAACCACACGCGGAUUGAGGAAAUACUUAACUACAAAUUCAAGGAUCGCACAUACCUUCUCCAGGCUCUUACGCAUGCUUCAGUCGUAUCAAAUCGAAUUACCGGAUCAUACCAACAGCUCGAAUUCCUGGGAGAUGCGGUGUUGGAUUUUUUAAUUUCGGCUUAUAUUUAUGAACAGAAUCCAACAAUGAGCCCUGGGCAACUGACCGAUCUUCGGUCCGCGCUUGUAAACAACGAGACACUGGCCUGUCUCUUGGUGCGUAAUGGACUUCACCUGUACAUAUUAUCCGAGUCAGCAUGGUUUACCGAAACCGUCAACAAAUUUGUUGCCUUCCAAGAACUGCAACAGCACAGGAUUACCGGUGAGGUCAAUUUGCUGGCGGAGGAAACCAGUGAAAGGAUAGGUAAAUUUGUCGAUGUCCCGAAAGCUUUGGGAGAUGUUUUUGAAAGUUUGGUGGGAGCAAUUUUCUUGGACUCGGGCAAUGAUCUGGAAGUAACGUGGAAGGUGCUGUACGGCAUGAUGCACAAUGAAAUCUUGAGCUUCACGAAGGACAUACCCAUCCAAAUCGUGCGCCAGUUAUAUGAGCUCAAGCCGCCUUGUUUACCCGAGUUCGGCCCGCCCAUAAUUGAGGGUGACACGGUGAAGGUAAAAUUGCAGUAUUGCAUACGAAAUGAAACUCGGGAGGUCUACGGCGUUGGCCACAACAAGGACAAUGCUAAACGAGCGGCCGCCAUGGUAGCUCUCAACGAAUUGAAACGGCAGUGAUGAGAUUGUUCGU